UCUAGAAUCAUCCAAAAUGGAGCCGCUUACAGCAUACCCUUUAAGAUGUUCAGGGUCGAAAGCAAAGGUAUUUGCAGUUUUACUGUCUAUGGUUCUAUGCACAGUAAUGUUAUUUCUUCUACAACUAAAAUUCCUAAAACCUAAAAUCAACAGCUUUUAUACCUUCGAAGUGAAAGAUGCAAAAGGAAGAACGGUUUCUCUGGAAAAGUUUAAAGGCAAAGAGGUUGCCCUAGUUGUAAACGUGGCUAGUGACUGCCAACUCACAGACAGAAAUUACUUAGCACUGCAGGAGCUACACAAAGAGUUCGGACCAUUCCACUUCAGCGUCUUGGCCUUCCCGUGCAAUCAGUUUGGAGAAUCGGAGCCCCGCCCAAGCAAGGAAGUAGUAUCUUUUGCAAGAAGUAACUAUGGAGUGACAUUCCCCAUCUUCCACAAGAUUAAGAUUCUAGGAUCUGAAGCAGACCCUGCAUUUAGAUUUCUUGUUGAUUCAUCAAAGAAGGAACCGAGGUGGAAUUUUUGGAAGUAUCUGGUCAACCCUGAGGGCCAAGUUGUGAAGUCCUGGAGGCCAGAGGAACCCAUUGAAGUCAUCAGGCCUGAGAUAGCAGCUCUGAUUAGACAAAUGAUCUUAAGAAAGAAAGAGGACCUGUGAAUAUGGCAGUGAGUCAUUCAGACACAGUAAUCGGAAUAUAGACAUGUCAGGGCGGGGGUGGGUGGGUUUCAUCUGAAGACUCUCACAAUAAAAUGUGGCCCUGAAGGAUGGGGUGUUUUAUUUUUAGGAUACCUUGCUGGUGAGUGGUAAUGAUUGUCCCCAAGACAGAGAUAUUACAUAAAGCAAAAAUAAAGAGUAGCUAAAAAAUCAAAAUGCAAUAUAUUAAAUAUUUCAUCUGACCACACUGAAUAAUUCAGAAUACAGAGUCACCAAUGUGCGUCAAUAUCCUGUUGUUCACCUUGACAUUUUCCAGGAUUGUACUUAAUGGAAAUGCCAACACACCAGACCACCGUUUGAAUUCAAGGCACUGUAUGUGACUGAAAUUUCAGGAGUAACUAAAUGUAAAUGGCUAUUUUUAUGUAAUAAAAUACAAAAUAAACAUUGAAAAAUGUGAAAUAGA